AUGAGGCAACCUAUCUCCUUAGUGCUUUGGAUUCUAUUCAUUAAUCAAUGUUCAAGUCAAACUGGUUUUCCAAGACAAUUUCAAGCAACAUUGAAUAUAAGUGGAUUAUAUUCAUGGCAAACAUCAACUCACGGCGUCCAACAAUUAUUGUAUGAUUAUACAAACGCCAGAGUUCGUUUUGAUAUCGAAGGAUGGCAAGCAAAACAAAAUGAAACUUACAUGGUGAUAUACAAACCCGACGGUGCUGAAGCAGAUUCACCAGCUUCUCAGGGUUAUACAAUGUUCAAUUUCAAUCCUGAUUAUCCACAAUGGACAAAAAACAACUGUUGGUACAGAACAAACACAACGGGUGAUAUAGGCCCAUUCCCAUUCACAUGGUUUACGAGUCCUGAAAGUCAAUUUAAAAUUCAACCAUGGUUGCCAUUACCAUCGAAUCUUAUCAAUAAGGGUGAAGAAUGGAUUCCAGAAAUUCAUGAUUAUGCAACGAGAUACGAUUCGCCAGAAAUAUGUGAUUUGCAACAAUCUGGAAUUGGCAAAGUUCCAUGUUUAAGCUAUUUUGAGACACAAGAUAGACCAGUUAAAACCAUUCGAGCGCAUGGUGCUCGCCCACAUUCAUACGACUCUGAUGAAUACGUAAAUACAGUAUAUCUGUCAUUUACACAUGGUAUUCCAUCAGAAGCUGAACAUUUAUUCGAUCUACCUGAUCAAUGGCCUUCCUAUUGUGGCAAUGCAAACACAGAAAAAAAUGAUUUAACUACCACUUUAUAUCUUGUUUUUUUUUUCAACACAGCUCAAUCAUGUAUUGGCUAUUGGUCAUGCCAUACUUAUGAUUCUACUUAUACAUUGAGUUUAGCACAAAUUUUGGCUAUUACUUUUGGUUGCGUUGUAUUCUGUGCUGGUAUGGUUGGUCUUACCAGUUAUUGUUACAAGCAAAAACAAGCUUCGGCCAGAGUAGUCACUCCGUCAAGAUAUAAUCAAAAUAGGCAAAGACAUGAUGUUCCUUUGGCAAGUAUUCACACGAAUACAACAAGAGCAAAUGGAAUUCAUGUACCUUACACAAUUUCAACAUCUGGAGCAGGUGCCACCUAUGUAGAACAACCUCCUCCAUCUUAUGAGUCAUUUUUGACAUCUCCAACAGCACAAAAGAACGAAAACUCUACCUACUUCUGA